AUGGGUUGCACUUAGAUAACAAAUGGGACAAUAAAGAAUCCAAGGAUGAAGAGUUUUUUCGAUUAGUGUCAGUAUUAUGGUUUUAAGAGAUCGCAGGUUGUGAAAAUAACUGAAUACGAAUUUCAAUAUUGCAGGGGAAGUAAGAGUUGGCAAUCGAAUUAUUCGAAAUCAAUUUUCAAUGAGUAGAAUCCAGUACUGUUAUCUCCUUGUUUGCCUGAUAAUUUUGAUAAUUUGAUAUCGGGGUUGACCAAUUUCAAACAAUUGUACCCAGAGGAGUUCAAGGAUUUCCCCAAAAAUUUAGGGAUGUUAUUGAGUUUGGGAGAUCAAUUCCCAAGCUUCAGAGCUGAGAAGUUGGGAAGUAAUCAAAUUACAAGUUUUUAAAUUCAGUAAAAUGUUGUAACAAUAUUUGUGUUCUGGAGAUUGGAGGAGGAAAUCAAGAUAGGGAGGAUGUCAUAGGUCAAAACUCGGAACAUUAGCAAUCGGUUUCGAGCUGAUGACGAAUCCCAAUCUUAUUUGGAGACUGCAUUUAUAAGAGCCAAGAAGUCGAUCAAGCGACCACUUCACUUGGUUGGUAUCUGUUUGGAUAGUCAGGACAGGAAACCUCUGUAUGAGCAGGUGAUAUCACAGGAGGACACUCACAUAUGGAUAAACGAGAAUGAUUAAUCAGCCUAGGUGUUUAAGUAUGCAGAGGAUCCCAACUAUUAGACACGGUAGUUGGAGUAAUCCAUUUUCAUAGUAAAUUCGAAGGGAGUCUUUGUAGGUUGUUUGAAGGAGAACUUUGGAGAUCACUCAUUCAUCCAUGAAAUAAAUGAUAUCAUAGAUGGUGAGAUCAAACCAAAAGAUGCCUAUCAGCUCGCGAAUAUUAAGUAGAAGAUAAGAAAAGAUGAUUAUCAGAAGGUCAAGAAACUAAUAGUCGAGGAAUUACCUAAUAAACACAAAUUGCCAAUUGGAGAUACGUUUAGUCUAUCCAUAAAAAAACACACGUACUUUAGAGAUUAUUCCAAAGUUGGAGCCACAUAUUUCAAUCCAAUUUUCUAAGCUGCUGGAUCCAAGAAAUAUCAAUAAAAUUGCGAUGAUUUGAUUAAGUAUGUAAAGGAUUUCACUCCUAUUGCUCAUAUGGAAACUGAUUUCAAACAACAUCAUUCUGUGAAUAAAAAGCUAUUCUUUGAAAAGUUGAGUCGAAAACUAAUAAAUAUAGGAUAUGAGGACAUCAGAUUCAUCUUAGAGAAGAACAUCGAGAUCUAGUAUGAAGAGACUUCUAAACGUUUCGAAAUGAAAAGAGAUAUAACCUCAAUCCACAAUGCUCCCCAAUCUGUAAGUUGUGUCUACUCCAGGAAAGAAGCCUUACAGAAGUUGGGUAAAUCCAUAUUUGCUUAAUCUGACAAUUACACUCACAAGGAAUUGGAAUUGAUGAAAGAAUUCUUUGGGAAUCCCUAUUCUUUGAAAACCUCGUUCAAUGUUGGCACUCUCUUCUCACCAAUCCCCAACACGUAUAAGAUGCAACACAAUGACUUUUCUGGGAGUAGUCAAAUCAUGCAAUCUAUCAUUAGACCUACAAACAAAGGAAUUUUUGAUAGCAAAUUAGUCCAAUCAAUGAAUCAAUCGGUUGAUGAUCAGAAUCAGCAUUUUGGAAUAACAGAAUAAAUCAAAAGCAAUUAAAGUCAAUUUGAUUUAAGUUAAGGAUGGGAUGGCGAUAAUAAAGUGGAUUUGAAUUACGAUUAGAUUCACUCAAUCCAUCAAAUUAAUAGUGAAGUGCUCAUUAUAUUUUUAAUUGAUUAUACUCUUGAUAAACACAUUGAACUGUUGCAUCAGUUGCUGGAGUUCAUCAAGGGUAACCAAUGGAAUAGCUCAAAUGUUAGAGUGAUUGGAUUGGAAAGGAGGAGAUCCGAGGAUCAAUUUCAGAAGUAAAUGAAUAGAUUAGAAUAAGAAAUGAAAAGAGGCAUCUUUGAAGCAUGGUUUCCACUUGAACAAUCGUUUCUUGGAGUCAACUUUUAUAAAAUAUUAUCUGAUCUCUAUGGAUUAGAUUCCAUCUCUCCUAUUUUGGUCAUUGAUCAUCUAGGAAGAUUACUUUAUCAGGGUCAACCAGAUCAAAAGUUUGCUCCCCUUUUGGCCAAAAUCAUCAAUCAGGAAUCCUUAAAAACAAUUCAUCCAGUAGACCGACCAUUGAAACACAGGAUCGAUCUGGCCUAAUUUGGUAGAGAAUGGAGAAUAAUUAAACAAUACGGAAAUGAGAGUGUCUAUUUCAGUCCCACUGUACAGCAGACUUUAAAGUACUUGGAGAAGAUGCCCAUGAGAAAAAGUGAGCAAUGGAAACUCUCAGUCACCCAGUUCCAAUUGUGGAACGAGAAUGGAGAAUUUGUUAGGAAAUGUUUUGAGAAACCCAAGAUUAUCUAUAAGUUUGAGAGACCUGAAUUGGGUGUCAAAUUUUACAAUAUCGUUGAAGAGAUACAAAGACUGGUGGGGAAGGAUAGGCUUGAGGUGAUCGACUUGAAUGCGGAAAUUCUAAAGGACAGAAAUAAUUUGUAGGGGGAAUAAUUAAUUAAAUGA